CCACACCUAUAUCAAAAUGAGUAAUCCUAAAAGAGCAGAGAGAGCUAAAAGGUUUGUUCCAGUGUCUCUAGUCGAAGGACCUUCCUAUGGAGAACAUAUUAACGCUAUUGGAAUGGUCUUCAGUUUAGUAGGACUCCUAAUGAGGUUGAAAUGGGCCACAUGGUGUGGGGUCUAUUGUGCAAUUUUUUAUUUUGCGAACGUCAAAUCAACUGAUGACAAGAAACAGACCUUUAGUUUAUUAAUGUUAGCUGUUUCAUCUCUUGUGAUGGUUUAUAUGCAGAACCCUACACCUUUAAUUGACUCCUAAUUGUUAAUAAUUAAUUAUUACAAGUGUUGUUAGAUUAUAAUAUCAGUUAUUCUUGA